CCUCGCACCACGCCUCUCGACGGCACUCGACGGCACCAUGGCGACGCUCGACGACGGCCCCGCGCGCGUCCACGACUUCCUCGACGACAAGCUGCAGACGGCCGCCGACCUCGACGCCCUCGACGGCCUGCUGGCGACUGUGUCCGCCCAGCACGGCCUGCUCCAGCAGCAGCUGCACGCCGCCCAGCGCGACCUGGCCGCCGCCAAAGAGCACGCCCACGGCCACCACACCGCCCUGCGCACGCGCGCCGAUGCCUUCCGUCGCGAGCAGGCCGACAUGGACCGCCGUCUGCUGGUCAUGACGGCCUCGGACGCCAGCGACGACGCCCUCCCACGCUUCGAAGCCGUGCUGGGCUCGCUGCAGCGCCUCGACGUGGCCGCCCAGUACGUCGACCUGCUGGCCCGCGUCGACGCCCUCCGCGCCCAGGCCCAGGCCCAGCUGCAGACGUCGCCCGAGGCCGCCCUGGGCUCCUACCAGCAGCUGCACGCCCUCUCGACUCGCCUGGCUGCCCUGCAGCACGACGCCGAGGGGGCCGCCCCGCAGCUGCUGCACCACGUCGCCAGUAUCACCCACGCCCUGCGCACCACCAUCCUCGACGCCUUCGCUGCCGACCUGGACGCCCUGCUCAAGAAGAUCCACUGGCCCACCCCCACGGCCGCCGUCCCUCCCCAGCUGCGCGAAGAAUGGGACGCCGCCGUCGUGAAGCUGCUGCGUCUGCAGAUGCCCGAGCUCGAGGGCAUGGCCUACGCCAGCGGGCCCGGCGACAAGGUCAAGCUCCCGCCCGUGCUGUUCCCGCUCGAGGUGCUCGUGCAGCCGCUGGAGAUGCGCUUCCGCUACCACUUCGAAGGCGACAAGCCCACGAACCGCAUCGACAGGCCCGAGUACUUCCUCUCGCACAUCACCACCCUGCUCAACGACUACAGCGCCUUCGUGACGGACCACGUGCAGCCUAUCCUGCUCAAACACUUCCGUGGCACCGACCUGGCCCUGAAUCCCGUCUACAUCGACGCCAUGUCGGCCUUCAUCACCGCCCUGCUGCCCAUGCUCAGGAGCAAGAUUGCCGUCCUGCUCCCCAAAGUGGCGCCACAGCCGCAGCUCUUCAGCCACCUCAUGCACGAGAUCUUGACUUUUGACACGACCAUCAGGGAGAAUUGGGGCUACGACGGCGGCUACGGGAUCGACGGGUGGAAGGGGCUUGCAUGGGAGUUUCUCGUCCAGGCUGAUUGGUUCGGACAGUGGCUGCAGGUCGAAAAGGAUUUUGCCCUGGCCCGCUAUCACAGUAUUGUUGAAGCCGAUGAUUUUGGUGAUCUAGACUACGAGAGUGUCGAUCCCAAGGCGACCAAGCCAACCAAGGGAGCGAUCCGCGUCAACGAUCUUCUCGAGACAGUAACGGAUCGAUAUCGACCCUUGACCUCGUUCAGCCAGAAGCUCACCUUUUUGAUUGACAUUCAGAUUGCCAUUUUCGACAAGCUCCAUGAGCGGCUGCAGAGCAAUGUCGAGGCCUACCUCACAAUGACCACGUCGCUGGGUCGGGCCAUGGGUGGGGUCACCAAAGAGGAACAGGAGAAGCUGCUUGGUGUCGAGGGGCUAGAGCGCAUCUGCAAGACGUACGGCAGCGCGGACUUUCUCGAAAAGGCAAUGCGAGACUGGAAUGAUGAUGUGUUCUUCUUGGACAUCUGGGAGGGCCUGCAAGAUCGUGCACGCCAAGCUAAUAGCAUCGGAACCAUGACCGUUGCCGAUGUAGCGGAACGGACGUCAAAGUCUGUUGGGGGCGACGGCGACGGCGGCGCUCUCUUCGACGAAACAGCCCUGUGGUAUGCGCGCCUCCGUGACCGCAGCGAGAAGAUCAUCAUCGACACACUGAACAACAAUGUGCGGGAGGCGCUGUGGCCGUACCGCCAAAUCAACCCUUGGGCAACGCUCAGCGGAUCCACCACCACCACGACAGCCACCAGCCUCUCCCCCACGGCGGAAAUGGACUCCCUCCUGACUCAUGCGACGAGUACCUUCGGCUUCUUGUCCCGCGCCCUGGCACCCGCGCCCCUGCGCCGCAUCACCAGAGCCGUUCUCGCCACCAUCUCCAGCAUCCUGUGGGACGGCGUCCUCAACCGCUACCGCUUCUCCACUGCAGGCGCUGCCCAACUGCACACCGAUCUCGCCGCCAUCUGCCGUGUCGUCGACAAAGCAGUCGGGCCCGGCGUCGCUGAAGUCGGACUGCGCAAAUGCCUCGAGGCCGCCCAGCUCGUCGGCCUGCCCGUCCACGCCGCCAAAGACCAGCAGCCUGCAAGCUCCUCCACGCCUGCCGAGGACGACACCGCAGACGCCUGGGAUGAUGCUUGGGAUGCGGGCGACGACACGGCGCCCCUGCCGCUCGCACCGCAAAAAGAAAUCACCACAGACGUUGACACUGACCUCGGCUUGUGGGAGGUGGAAAAGCGCCUCUUUGCGGAUAAUCAUAGCGCCAGGCUUGUUCUGGACGAUUUGGGCUUCGAGGUCUUGACUGAGACCGAGGCGCGCGCGCUGCUGAGGAGGCGCGUGGAAUUGGCCGGCUAGAUCGGAUCAUCUCGUUCACUCACUCUCUCACGCACGCAUUGCGAUCAUCGUGAUGUGAUGUGUUGUGGUGUUGUGGUCCGAGGGUGGUGUGAUCCCCCCCCC